AUGGUGUCCACUAAAGCCGACGAUGGCACGCCCCCGGGCCCCGAAUUCAACCACCUAGAAACAACCCCCAACUCAACCGCCGAAGAAAUCCUCGCCGCAGAACGCUCCCUCUCCGUCCUCCAAAACGCCAAAAUCCACUGGCGAGUCCUCCUCAUCGGCAAGUCCCCCUCCUCCUCCGUGGCCUACACCGCCGGCGUGGUCUUCGCCUACGACACCGUGACCAACGGCGCCUCCAUCUCGAUGCCCUCCUUCCUCCUCUACUUCGGCGAGAUGGGGCCCUCGGGCCCCUACCUCCCCUCCAUCUGGACGUCGCUGUGGACGGCCAUGUCGUCGCUGACGCAGGCCCUCGGCGCCAUCCUCGUCGGCUCCGUCUCGGACCGCUACGGGCGCAAGUGGCCGGCGUGCGGCGCGAGCGCGGUGACGCUGGUCGGGGCCGCUGUGCAGUAUGUCGCCGUCCCGCGCGCGACGUUGAUGGGGGGCAAGAUGAUUACCGGAUUGGGGGUUGGCGCUGUGAUGGCCACAGCCACGACGUAUAUCAGCGAGGUCGCGCCGUUGAAGCUUCGAGCACCUCUGCAGACUUGCCUCGUCGUCUUCGUCCUCUUGACACAAGGCCUCGCUCUCGGUGUUGUACGCAUCUUCGUCCCCGAUAUCCGCGAACAAGCCUUCAGAACGGUGAUCGCCAUCCAAUGGGCGGUCGGUGGGUUAGCUGUCAUCGCAUGGGCCAUAGCCCCAGAAUCACCCCUCUGGCUCAUCAAAAAAGGCAACACCGAAGCAGCCCUGAAGGUCUUCAAGAAGAUAUACGGCCCAAACCACCCCUCCCUGCGCCUCGAGCACGAAUCAAACGCAAUCCGCGCCGAGCAGGCCCUCGAACAAAACCCCGACGCCACCUACGCCGCCUGCUUCCGCGCCCACAACCUCAAGCGGACCCUGACUGUCGCCUUCCUCUACUCGACCGCCAACAUCGGCGGGGCCUCCUUCCUGGCGCAGAACAUCUACUUCCUCAUCACGGCCGGCCUCGAGGCGGUGCACUCCUUCGACGUCGGCAUCGGCGGCUUCGGCUUCGCCGUGCUCAUCAUCCUCUCCAGCGGCGCCUACCUCCAGCGCGUGAGCCGGCGCAACGUCGUGCUGGCGGGCCUCGCGCUGAACCUGGUCGUCAUGGUGGUCGUCGGCGCGCUGUGGUGGCAGACGGCGAGGGGCGCGCUGUGGGCGAUCGCGGUGCUGAUGAACGUGCUGAUAUCGUUCCAGUCGGCGUUCCUCCAGGGCGCCGGGUGGCCGAUCGCGGCGGAGGUGCCGUCGUACGCGCUCCGCGCCAAGACGCUCUCCGUGGGGAUCUGCGCGCAGACGUUCACGACGUGGCUGUUCAACUUCAUCACCCCGUACAUGUACAACGUCGACUCUGGGAACCUGGGCGCAAGGACGGGGUUCGUAUACGCGGGCACUUCGGUGUUCUUGUUGGCUGCGGCGUGGGUGCUUGUGCCAGAUACUACCGGGAUGACGACGGAGGAGAUUGACCAUGCGUAUGAGUCGGGGCUGGCACCGAGGCAGUUCCAGAAGCAUGUCUUCCCGCAUGCUGGUAACGUCGGUAAAGCAGGAGAUGACGACUGA